AUGGGAAGAAGGCCUUGCUGUGACAAGAAAGGUUUGAAGAAAGGUGCAUGGACUUCUCAAGAAGAUGAGAUUCUAGUUGAAUAUAUCAACCAAAACAGCCAUGGAAGCUGGAGAUUACUUCCAAAGAAAGCUGGUUUACUUCGCUGUGGAAAGAGUUGUAGACUGAGAUGGACCAACUAUUUAAGACCAGACAUAAAGAGAGGUCCUUUCACUCCCGAGGAAGAGAAACUCGUUGUCCAACUUCACGCCAUUCUCGGCAACAGGUGGGCUGCUAUAGCAGUGCAGCUUCCAGGGAGAACAGAUAACGAGAUCAAGAACUUAUGGAACACUCAUUUGAAGAAACGUCUGCUAAGUAUGGGACUUGAUCCCAAAACCCAUGAGCCGUUACCUUCAUACGGGUUAGCCAAACAAGUUCCAGCUUCUCUAACAACUCGCCACAUGGCUCAAUGGGAAAGUGCUAGGCUUCAAGCUGAGGCAAGGCUUUCUAGAGAGUCAAUGCUUUUUAGUCUUUCUUGUGGAGGAGAAGUGAAAUAUGACUGUGAUCACUUCUUACGCAUUUGGAACUCAAAGAUUGGUGAAACUUUCAGAAACCUUACUACUACUAGUCAAAGCCCACCUUGCUCGAGGACAACAUCUUCUUCAUCUGCCCUUGUAAGGAAAGAGACUGUUAUGGGGAUUGAUCGUGUCUCUGAUUCUUAUUCUUCUCCAUGUUCUAAUAAUGUUGAAGAUGUCUCAUCAGACUCUGCUCUUCAGCUUCUGCUUGAUUUCCCAAUAAGUGAUGAUGAUAUGAGCUUCUUGGAAAAGAACAUUGGCAGCAGCUACACAGAGUCACACGUUGCUGUCUAACGAAAUGUUCAAACCUCAGUCUUCUGAUGAUUAUUAAUGAUAAGAAGAAGUAUGAUUAUCUAUAUAAAUCCAUAUUGUUAGUUUGAUAAUUUUAUAUUUUUCUUAUCCGUUGAUUUUUUAAAGUCAUCAGAGCUUACGGCUGUGAAGCCAAUUAUCUGUUGCCGAUCACGUAAACUGCC